AGAUUGAAUACUGAUGAGGAUACAGCUCACCACAGUCCGCCCUUUAGCCUCGUCUGGAUCUGGAUCUUCUACCGGAACAGCAACCUGGACUAAAUACCAAGCAGGUAAGCAGCAUGGCUGAACCUGUGGAGAACGGCCCGAGUAAUUACAACAACACGGCCGAGCACGUAUGGGAGAGACCGUGGACACUGGAUGAGAUGCGAAACAACUGCUCCAACUGGUCUCUAGCUGCAGAUUCUGGGCUUUAUCUCUAUCUGCAAGACUUCUCCCAAUGGAUGUUGUCAAAGACACAGGAGAUUGAAAAGCAGUUGGAUGGUCUUAUUCGGGACACUAAAGCAACGGACAGCUGCCUACAUACUGUCUUUAAUGACUUUCUCAUGCUUUCAAACAUACAGUUCAUAGAAAAUCGGGUGUAUGAUGAAGAAGUUGAGGAGUCCGUACCAAAGCCUGAAGCCCAGGAGAAACGCCCUGAACAGGAAAAGACAAAAGAACAGAAAGAAUCUGAACUGAUACCUAAAGUUCAGGAGGCAGUGAAUUAUGGACUGAAGGUUCUGGAAUCUGCCUUUGAACAACUGGAUGUUAAAGUAGGGAACUCUGACUCUGAAGAUGAGGAGGCAGCUGAUCGAGUGGAACCUAUUCUAGAACCCAAGGAUCUGUAUGUAGACAGGCCGUUGCCCUACUUGAUCGGAUCUCAAGCCUUUAUGGAACAAGAUGAUGUUGGCCUGGGGGAUUUGUCUAGUGACGAAAUGUCUAUUGACAGCGAUAGGGACAUUGAAAGUGAAGAAGGAAAAGAUGAGGAGCAGGACUCUGAUGAAGAGUUUGAGCGGGAAGAGGAGGACCAGGCAAGCUUAAAGAAAAAGUUGUCUGUAGUCAGUUAUAAUAAUGAUGAGGAAGAAAAUGAAGAUUCAGAUUUAUUUGGAGAAUCCGACAAGGAUGAAGAUGAUAUCAGAGAGGAUGAUGUGGGCCCAACAUCAUUUGCCGAUGAGCUGGCUGCCAGAAUCAAAGGAGAUACACCAAGCAAACCAGACGCAGAUCGUGCAUCAUUGGCAUCAGGUCUGUCUGUUAGCAAGAAGAAGAGCAAAGGAAAGAAAUUACCAAAGACACAGGUGGAAGACGAUGAUGAAAUGUUUAAGCCUCCUGAAAUGGAUGAGGAUGAAUUUUCUCCAUUUGGAGGAAAGAAAGGCCUUUUCAGUGGUGGUACAAACCUGUUUGAUGAUGAUGAGGGUGAUCUAUUCUCUGAGGCACCCAAAAAAGAAAAGACUGAAAAGGAGCAAACAGUGUAUGAAACAACAGAGAGGGCCAAAACUAAGAAAAUACCCGCUGGUGCCGUUUCCAUUUUCCCAGACAACAGUCUGUUUGGCUCACAAAAUGGGCCUGCUUCUUUGGAGAGCAAAGAGAACGGAACCGCUGUUAAACCCAAAGUGCAGGCAGCUUCAGAACGGGCAGCACUAGGGGGCGGUCUCUUCGAUGACAAUGAUGACUUUUUUAGUGGGACGACUCCUAAAAAGUCUUCUACUGCUGCACAGGAGAAACCCAAACCUAAAAAAACUGCAGACCUGUUUGGAGGUGAUGAAAAUGAUGAUGAGGAUGGAGAUAUUUUUAAUGCAAGUUCUCGUUCUGCUGCUGCUGCUGCUCAGCCCAGCAAGAAAGCUGUGGGGAUGGAAAAUGCAGUACAUGCUUCUGAGAAAAAGAGUGUUCCAUCUCCUGAAGUGGUCAAACCUUUUUCCGUCUCUAAAACAGCAGAAAAAGCCCAGAGCACGGGUCUUUUUUCUGAUGAUGAAGACUCACAAAUAUUCCCUGCUAUGCCAAAAAGUCAGUCAAAGCCUGAAGGCCAAACUCAGAUCAAACAAAGCAAGUCAGCACACUCUAUAUUUGAUGACGAUGAUGAGGAGGAUCUGUUUUCUUCUGUGCCAAAAUCUGAAUCAAGUCGGAUCAAACCAGCAGCAGUUCAACCCAAAAAAACUUUGUCAAGUUCUCUCUUUAGUGAUGAUGAGGACCAGUGGAUAAGCUCUCAGCCCAGUACAGUAAAGCCAGAGGUGAAGAGUGGUGGAAUGAAGACCAGCACCAGUGCCCCCUCUAGGCUACCCGGUGCCAAAGCACCACAAAAGAAUAGUCUGUUUAAUGAUGAGGAUGAAGAUGAUUUGUUUGCAGCCACACAAGAGUCAAGUCAGAAAAAGCCUCAGCGAAUCGCCCUCUUAUUUGAGGAUGAAGAUGAUGCUGAAAAAGGGUCUCUGUUUGGUUUUAAACCACCUGCAGACAAAGGAAAUCCUGAAGUCAAAGUGCCUGCUGCUUCAUCCCAGGCUCCCUCCUUGUUCGGUUCAGAGGAGAAGCAAGAAGUGACUUCUGCUCCAGUGCAGAAAAAGGUUACAGAGGAAAAGCCUUCGGGUAAGGAGACAGAGCCAACCACAACAUCCCCUAACGAGAGCAACCUAAACAAGAAGAAGCCUGCUGGAGCUGUCAGCCUGUUUGGAGGGAUUAAUGUGCUUGGAGAUGCUGCCAAAACCACCAAGAACCAGGAUCCACUGGAUGACAGUGAUGAUCUCAACUGGAAUAAGGAAGCCCCACCACCCAUAGAUAGCAAGAAGCCAAAGGCCAAGAAAAACACAUUUAGCCUGUUUGAUGAUGAUGAAGAUAAGGAGGAACCUGAUAAUAUAGCUCCUGUUUCUAUAUCAGCCAAACCAACAGAGAAAACCACAUUAAAGUCUCAGGAGCAGAAAACACACACAAAGAGCACAGGUGUGUUUCAGGACGAAGAGCUGCUGUUCAGCCAGACGCAGCUAAGAGAUAAUGACCCAGAGGUGGACCUCUUUUCCACCUCAGCUAAACCCUCAGCUCCUCAGCCAAGCUCAGUCAAGCCUUCUACCGCUCCUGCAUUGUUUGCGGAGGAUGACGAUGAUGACCUGUUCAGCUCUGCGAAACCAAAAGCUCCUCCGAAAGUACCAGUCAAGCCCAGUAAGCCUAAAAACGAUGUUGCUGAAAAGGUUUUAAGUACAGCGCAGUCACCUGAGAAUGAGAAGCCUGCGAGCACUGUAAAACCUAAAGAAACCACCUCCAGGAUCGGAAAACUCCAAGCUACUUUGUCUAUCAACCCUGCCAGCCUGAUGCCAGGAGCAGGGCCACGGAUUCCAGGAGCUGUCAGCGUAAUCCCCGGCCUGGCACACGCCCCUUCAAUUGGAGCUGCAGGAUCCAUAGAGCCCCAGACUGCUCUGGGUGAAGGGGUGAGCUUUGACACGCCAGCUCAGGCCUCCACACUACAAAGUGCCAAUAAGGAUCGUGUUAAGGGCUCAAUGCGACGGCGGCCUCAGACACGAGCAGCGAGAGUCUUGGCGGCCCAGCGAUCUGAAGAUGCAUAUUCAGGCAGCCAGGAGGAGAACUCUAAUCAGGCUGGUUCUGGAGCCAGCUUUAAUCCUCCUUCUAGUUCAGUCAGGCCCUCCGCUCUUACCUUACCCAUAAGCACCGGCAACACCUCAGCACCUGCUCUGACCCCUUCUGAUGAGACAGUCAGACCCAAGAUUCCCCCACCUGCUCAGGAAGAUUUGUUUUCCUCAAAGGAUCUAUUUGCACCAGUCUCAGCCCCUAAACACACUCCUUCUCCACAACCUAAAACGACACCCUCCGACACGAUUUCCAAUAGUGCCUCCAAGGAAAAGGAGUCAGCGCCACCCAUCUUGGAUGAUGACGAGGAUCUUUUUGCCACAGUCAAGCCGAAGUCAGUUAAGAAAGCAAGUGCCAUGCCUUUCCUUAAUGAUGAUGACAAUGAUGACAUAUUUGGAUCAGAGAAGAAGAAGGACUCGAAGACACUGGGCAUUUCUAGUAAAUCAGACAUUUUCCAGGAUGAAAAAGAAACACAGUCCAAAGUUGUUAAAUCUAAAGAAGCAUCCUUGGAUGUGAGUCUGUUUGAUGAUGAUGUGGACAUUUUUGCUGAUUUGACCUCCACAACGAAGCCCAAGGAAAAGAAAGUAAAGAAAAAAGUGGAAACUAAAUCAAUAUUUGAUGAUGACAUGGAUGAUAUUUUUUCAUCUGGAAUCACAAAACCAGUAGUGGCCUCAUCUUUAAAGAAACCUAAGAAGCCCACACAGGAAAGCAGCUCAGCAGAGGAAUCGGGGAUCAGUAUUUUUGAUGAUCCCCUUAAUGUGUUUGGUGGAAAUUAAGUAUCGGAGAAAUGUUAGUGUUGUAAUUGUGUAGAGAUGUUUAUUGAACGGACAGAGACUAAAUUUUACUAAAUUAAUACUGUUAAUAGAGACUUUAUACAUUUUGAAAAAUCUGAAAACUUAUAAUGGCAUCUAGCAACUCAUUCUUAAUCAGUAGCUUAUAGCUUCAUAAACUAGAUUAAUAGUAAACUCAAGUAACUUCUAACAGCAUCUAGACUCAUUUCUGAUCAGUGGGAUAAAGCUGAAGUGCUAUUCAGAAUAACUGUUGGUUUUAUUUGUACUUUAAAGCACUUUUGAGAUGAAUGUAUCAUUUACAUUUACAUUUUCAGCAUUUAGCAGACGCUUUUAUCCAAAGCGACUUACACAGUGAGCGGAACACGGUGAGCAAUUGAGGGUUAAGGGCCUUGCUCAGGGACCCAACAGUGGCAACUUGGUGGUGGCGGGGCUUGAACCGGCAACCUUCUGUUUACUAGUCCAGUACCUUAACCACUGAGCUAUCACUGGCCCCACUGGUAUCACUUGUAAAUGCAUUGUAAAAUCAGAUUGAUUUGAUUGUAACUGUGUACAUUCCUCUCACACGUUAUGGUUCAUUUUUCUCUUGCAUCAGUUUUUGGUGUAUUAACUGUUAGGUCAGCAUUAAUUCUUGUUUAAUGCUGUUUUUUAAUGUUUUUGUGUUGCAUGUUAAAUCAUUUUGUAAACUAAAGAAAAUAUAUUUUAUGAAAAUUAA